AUGGGGAAGCGUCGUCAAAAGCGCAAGUCGCAAUCCGUCGCCAAGACCACGGCGUACCAAUCUCGGUACCAAGUGAAGUUCGCCAGGCGUCGUUUAGGUAAGACGGAUUACCAGGCCCGUCAGCGCUUGAUCACCCAGGACAAGAACAAGUACAACUCGCCCAAGUACCGCUUUGUCGUUCGAUUCACGAACCGCGAUGUCGUGUGUCAAGUCGUGUACGCCACGCUGAGUGGCGACGUCACGAUCUGCGCCGCGUACUCCCACGAGCUCCCGAAGUACGGCAUGAAGGCUGGUUUGACGAACUACGCCGCGACGUACGCCACUGGCUUGUUGUGCGCCCGACGCCUGUUGACAAAGUAUGGGUUGGCGGACGCGUACGAGGGCAAGACGGAGGACCUCGGGGAGGACUACCACGUUGAGCAAGGCGACGAGGAAGCGCGCCCGUUCAAGUGCUUCUUGGACACUGGCUUGGUUCGCACGUCGACCGGUGCGCGUGUUUUCGCGGCGCUCAAGGGGGCAGUUGACGGUGGUUUGGACAUUCCGCACAACGAAAAGCGAUUCGCCGGCUACGACCUUCAAGACAAGUCGCACGAUCCGGACACGCUUGAGCGAUACAUCAAGGGUGGUGUCGUCGCAGAAUACGCCGAAGAGAUGCAAGAGGAAGAACCGGAAAAGUUCGAGCAGCACUUUGCCAAGUACUUGGCCGAAGACUUCGAUCCGACGGAACUCGAAGACGCCAUGGAGGAAGUCUUCGAAGCCAUUCGUGAGGACCCGACUCACGAGAAGAAGGAGCGCGUGAAGCCGGCGGACGCUGGCCGUAAGUUCAAGCUCCCGAAGAUGACGUACGAAGAGAAGAAGGCCAACCUCAAGGCGAAGCUCGAAGCUCUUCGUGCGGCGGCGUAA